AUGGUCAAACGUGCUAACUCUAAUCGUGUCAAGGCCCAUUUACGGGAACACAACAAGGAGGUGGUGAUCAAGAGGGCACUCACUGAAUACACGUACAAGCAGGCCAAGCCAGCAAACUCAGGAAAACCAAAAUCUAUUGCAAACAUAGCCGAGGCACAUGGGAUCUCCUACGGUACUCUACAUUGUCAUAUCAAGGGAGGAAAAAGUCGACAGGAAGCACAUGCAUCACAACAGAAACUGACAUCAAUGCAAGAAUGGUCCCUUGUGCAGUUCAUAUGUGAAUCAGCUAACAUGGGAUUCCUGUUGACCCACAGGCAGAUUGCAGAAUAUGCAAACGCGGUGUGA